UGCAGUUGCUGCUAAGCAACCCGUGGGCACGUUUGUUUACAGCUCUGAGAGAAAAAAGAAAAGCAAUAAAGCUGGGAAAAUCGAGCAAAUAUAAUGCAGGCAACCGAAAGCAAAGCAGGAGCAUCAGAUUGCGACCUCCUCGAGAGAAUCGUCAACAGGGGCACGCUUUCAACUCAGAGGACGACGCACCGCCAAAUUCUAGUCCUUGGUGAUAAGCUGUGUAAAGUGAAGAAAAAGAAAAAAUCACACACAACCAAAGAGAGCUCUAAAGAUGAGCCACAACUCCCAGUGUUGGAAGAUGAUUCUGAUUCUGAGGACAGUGCCAUCCAGAGGCUGGAGGAACAACUGCUGGCAGUCCAGGCUGAGGCUGUGGAGGAAAGGGAGUGUGCCCUGGAGCAGCAAAGACAGACUUUAAAAGCUUACUAUGAACAGAUUUUGCGGAACCGGGACCAUUUAGAAGAGGAGAGGCUGUAUCUGUUGAGUGUGAGGCUGCGUGCUGAAGCAGACGAGGCUCUCCGCCAACGUGACUUUGAACAAGAGCAGGAGCAGAAGCGGGCCAUAGAUGAAGCCUGCCGGGUCCUGGCCUUACGACUUCAGAAGGACGCAGAAGCAGAAAGGCACCAGGCUAUCCAAAGAGCUCUGGUGGAGGCAGAGACUGGAUUUGCAGCGCGACUGGAGCAGACAACAAGAAAAGUUAGACAAGAUUGUGAGAGGCAGGCCCAACGGGACAUGAAAGAGAAGCAGUGGCGACACAAUCAAGAGCUGAGGUGUCUGCAGGAAGAAAUUGCACGACUGAGACACGAGGUGAGCAGAGUAAACAGAGAGAAGAUGCGGUAUGAGAAAGAGUUUAAGGAGGUGCAAGUUAAUUACAAGCGUUUCAUUGACCUCACCGACUGUGGCCUGCACUCUGACUACUUGCUGAAGCUACGUGCCUUGGGCAGACCUCCAGGGAUGGCUGACCAGGCUGUGCAGACUGAUGCCGGACAGAGGAACCUGAUCAAGGCCCCUUUGGAUCGGAUCAUUUAGGGCACUUCAGAGUUUUAUUUUAUUCAUACCUUACUAUGGGAGUGUUUUCUGUUAUCUUGUAAUGACUGCUGUUGACACUCAGAAGAAUAAAUUCAGUGUCUCUCAGAUCUUGGUUGUAAGGACCUCAAACUAUCCUGAAGUCUACCAAGUUACCGAAUCUUCAGAGGAGUCUAUGACUCCAUAGAUACCCCCAGUUGCUUUAGCCUGAACUGUAAAACCCAUUAUUGAUAUCCUUUGUUAGGUAGGUUCACAUAUAAUGUGUGAAGUACCUAUUGUGGUACCCAUGUCUGUCUGUCUGUCCAUUUGAAACAACCUGAAAUAUGUUGAGACAAUUCAAUUUUCUGUAACUAUAAAAAUUACUGGAACUGCUGCUGUGUUUCUGUAAUGUAAAUUUAAAGGUUUCUGAAACUGCUCCAGGCUUUUUUUAAAAAUUUUGGAAUUGAGCUGAAAAGCCUUUUUCACUUAAUUGUCAAUGAUUCCAGAUAUGAUGUUUAAGCCUUGCCCUAGUUAGAUCAUUGUACCCAAUGUUUGCCACCGUAACCCACCUUUGCCUUUUGACCACUUGUCUUUGACAAGUUACAUGUUUCGUCUAGGGUUACAUGAUGUACAGUUCAAAACUGUGUACCUUGGGAUACAAAACCUGCCUGUCAUUUGAAAAUAUGUAGACAUGUGGACAGGGUAAAAAAAAAACAAUCUUGUAAUGUAUUAGCUGAAGUUUUUCUUAUUUUGAAUGCUUUGAGUGUAACUAGUUUGUUCCCUUAUUAGUCUGCUGUAUUAAGAUAUGCAUGCUUUGGUUUACAUGGUAGUCUGCACUGUGAGGUAAUCAAAGAUGAAGAAGUACUUCUUUUUCAUCAAUUGCUAAAAGCAGGUACUAUAAUUUUAUCAUAUUUUUAAAUUUUAUGGUGUCCAGGAAAUAACAGAUUCAGCCAUUGCUAAUCAAACAAAAUGUACAGAAUGUCUAAAUUUAGAUUUUGGUUUACUAUACUUCUCAGAUACUGACAUACAGCAGCCAUACUACAUACACUUCAGAAGGGGUCAUCCACCUAAAGCUAAGCAUGUCUGGGCCCAGUCAAUACUUGGAUGGGAGACCAUCUUGGAAAAGCUUGGGUUGCUUCUGGAAGCGGUGCUAGUGAGCCAGCAGGGAGUGCUUACCCUGCAGUCUGAGUGUGGAUCCCAAUGCCCCAGUGCAAUGAUAGGGACACUGUGCUGUAAAAAUGGCAGCAUUCUGAAAUGUAAAACUGAGGUUCUGACUCUCUAUGGUCAUAAAAGAUCUCUGGACUUCCUUCAUAGAGAACAGGGUGUAUCCCGGUGUCCUGGCAAAAUUGCCCUUCAUGGCCUAGUCAUUCUGGCCCCUUAAUCAUCCCCUGUCUCUAAUUGGCCAUCUCACUCUCACUACCUAAUGUAUGGUGAGUGUACUGGCACAUAAAUGGCUGCUGCUGCAUCAUCCAGGUGGAUGCUACACAUUGCUGCUGGUUAAAGUGGCCCCCUUCUCACUAAAAUGUACUUUGAGUAAUGAGAAAAGCACUUUAGAAAAGAACAGAAUUAUUCCUUUUAUUAUACUGGUGUAGUGAACCGUGCUAAUGGAGUUUCACAAGUUCAGAGAGCUUGGUCAGUUUAUAAUAUAUACUGUAUACUGUAGGUGUGGAUUCUCCAAAUUUUUUCCAUAUUCUUUCGUGGGUGCUCCAUACAAUUUCCCUGUUACAGUCUCAAAAGACGUACAUGUUAGCUACCUGAAAAAAGUGGAUGCUCUGUACAGGUAUAUGUGUUUUUGUAUAAGUAUACUUUGUGUUGAAAUUGUGUCCCAUGUGGGGUUUGUUCUUAUCUUAUAUUGCUGGGAGAGAUUCUGGCUCCUUUAAAGAAAAAACUUCACUCAACAAUGAUAUUUGUUUGUAUGUUACUUACCCCAUGUUGUUUGCAGUGAUGGUCGAGAAAAAAAAAUUAAAGUCAUGUUUUUGUGGACAAUGGAUAUAACAAUGUUUCUGACAGAAUAGGAGCCAAUGGUGACAAAUGCAGGAAACAGUAAAGAAUAUCAAAAAUGUCCAUGAAAAAAAAUCUCAUGUUAUUCAUGUCACAACAAUCUACAUCAGCCUGACAAACCACUUUGGGCUUGAGGUUUUGAAUUGAAGACAAGACUCUUGAUCGACGAAUAAAGUGGAAAAGCGGGUCUUUAAUUUAAAAACGCAACCCCAUGUGAAGGAGCUUCCUGCUUGUGAACUACUUUCAUUUUCCAGAGUUAUUAUUUAACAACAUUUUAGCAAAAAAUGCAUGUAUUGUCCAUGUUGUGAGGAUAUUACUGAACAAUUGGACUUGUGGUUUAUGCAACAUGAGUAAUGUGAUAUUUUCUCAUGGAUAUUUUUAUAUUGUUUGUCCAACAUUAGUUACCUUUGAUGCCUACUCUGUCAGAAAUGUCAUUAUGCCCAUUCUCUACAAAAACAUGAAAUCAGCCAUCCCUGCAAACUGCAUGGGGCAAAUAACACAUAAAAAAAUCACAUUUUAAGGUGGACUAUUCCUUUAUCUUCAAAUUUGGCCAGUGUGAAGACCACCUCAUGCACUGCUUGUUCCUGCCUUGUAUUUGAACCCACUGGGGUAGGCUGUGUAAUAAAACAGGUUCAGUCAA